AUGAAAACUACGCCAUUCGACUCAAAAUUCAAUUCUGCAUCACAUGAUGAUACUUUUAUUUAUGGGACAAACUUUGGAAAAAAGUUUUUAGCUAACACACCGAUAAGAAUUUUCCGUAUAAAGGAAUUAUUCGAGAAAAUGGGCAAUACACCGAGCUUGGAACAUCCACUUGAUGCCGAAAACUUUAAUUUAGUUCAAUGUGAUAAGUGUCAUUGUCAUGUUACAAUACCUAAAAGUGGUUUUGGUAACACGUGCGCAUGUGGGAAUUAUGUCGUCAAUACAAAUCGCAAGUGA